AUGAAGAGGCAAUCUGUUGCAGGCCAUGUGGCCUCAUCAGGCCAUAUCAAUCACCCCCAGCACCAGGUUUCCUUAUCCGUCUCCUCUUCCCAGCCCCAACGGUACCCCCCUCCCCACUUCCACUCUUUGGAUUCCUAUCAUUUACUCUUCCUGCACCGUUUCCAGCUCCUUCUUUUUCUUUUUAAUCUUUCUUUUUCAAAUAAAGGAGUUCUUAUUCUUUUUCAUCGCGAACCCAUUCCCUCCUGUUAUACCCUUCCUACUGUAUCCAUUACCCCCCUAGUCCCUAACAGUCCUUGCGCUCUUUUUAACCUCGUCUACUCGAUCCUCCAUCGCCGAGACGUUCCGUCAUGUCAUAUCGGCUCUUUUUUGCCGAUCAUUUCCUGCUCAUUAGUUCAUCAGCGGCGUGUGUUCUACUUACUAGCUAAACUAUAACUGCUGAAGAUGAUUAAUGACGUCCAGCCAACUCGAGCUGUCAAAG